GAGAGAGAGAGAGCGAGCACCAGUGAGAGAGAAAGAGAGAGAGGCUGAAAACUGCCACAGAACUGGAUCAGAUAGCAAAGAUAGAGAGAGAGAGCAAGCACGAAGAGAGAAGAAGUGGAAGCUAUCUUUUUAGUUUUAGAGACUUUUUUUUUUUUUUUGGCAGAUUUCUGCUCGCUGCGGCAAAACACGCAGGCAUACAGGAUCAAAGAGGACGGAUCCCAGUGGUUGAGGAUACCAUGUGGUUUUCAUGCCAGGAAAUUAUCACCUAGUUCCCUCUUCUAAAGCAGAGGUUCUGGGGUGUCGAUUGCUUUUUGGAGUGUGACCUUUUCUCAUUUUUAAUUUCUAUUUUCUUUCAUAAAAAAAGAAAAAAGAAAACAGGGGUGAGAGUGAUUGUGAUUCAGAAGUUUUCUUACUGAGAAAAUUAAAUAUUGAUGGAGAUGAAGAAGCUCAAAGGGGUUUUGCAUCUCUGGCUCAAAUGGAUGGAAUGGUUUUACCCGUGAGAGUCUGAAAAGACCCAGCCGAACCUUAAGCGAGGAAAUGCUGCAGUUCGGCUAGCCGGAAGAAGAGAGAAAGAGGAUACUGCACCUACAGAGGGUGAACCAGGGGGAACUCGCAAGGGUGCAGGCCUGGCGCCCAUCACGGGGGCAUCAGUGCACCAGUGCCCCCGGAUACAGCUUUUACCACUGUUGCCACGGUGAAUGGUUUUGCUGGCACACAGUAAACAACUGCUUGACUUGCUGUCUCUCCAUUGCCCGAGAUCCUGGAAGGUAUGAGUGUGGGCAGGAUCAAGCGCUACAGCAUCGUGUCCUCGGAGGAAGAAGCCUUGCGUCUCACCACCAUGCCCGGGGUGAACGGCUUCGGAAACGGAAAGAUCCACACCCGCCGGAAGUGCCGCAACCGCUUCGUGAAGAAGAACGGCCAGUGCAACGUCCAGUUCGCCAACAUGGAUGACAAGUCACAGCGGUACAUGGCCGACAUCUUCACCACCUGUGUGGAUAUCCGCUGGCGGUACAUGCUCAUCAUCUUCUGCCUGGUCUUUGUGGUGUCCUGGCUGGCCUUCGGGCUGGCCUUCUGGGUCAUUGCGUUGGUCCACGGCGACCUGGACAACCCAGCUGGGGAUGAGAACUUCACGCCCUGCGUACUGCAGGUCAAUGGAUUCAUUGCUGCUUUCCUCUUCUCCAUCGAGACGCAGACCACCAUUGGUUACGGUUUCCGCUGCGUCACAGAGGAAUGUCCGGUGGCCGUUUUCCUGGUGGUCUUUCAGUCCAUUGUGGGGUGUAUAAUUGACUCUUUCAUGAUUGGCGCUAUAAUGGCAAAAAUGGCACGGCCCAAGAAAAGGGCCCAGACGCUGCUGUUUAGCCACAAUGCGGUAAUCGCCAUGAGGGAUGGCAAACUCAGCCUUAUGUGGCGGGUGGGGAACCUCAGAAAGAGCCAUAUUGUGGAGGCCCAUGUCAGGGCUCAGCUGAUCAAGCCUCGGAUCACAGAGGAAGGGGAGUACAUACCUCUAGACCAAAUAGACAUUAAUGUGGGCUUUGAUAAAGGCUUGGACCGAAUCUUCCUGGUUUCACCCAUCACGAUCCUCCAUGAGAUCGACGAGGAGAGCCCCCUGUUUGGCAUCAGCAAACAGGACCUUGAGACGGCUGAUUUUGAGAUAGUGGUUAUACUUGAAGGGAUGGUGGAGGCCACUGCCAUGACCACGCAGGCACGCAGCUCAUACCUGGCCACAGAGAUUCUGUGGGGCCACAGGUUUGAGCCUGUCCUCUUUGAGGAGAAGAACCAGUACAAAGUAGACUACUCUCACUUUCACAAAACCUACGAGGUGCCGUCGACUCCUCGGUGCAGUGCCAAGGACAUGGUGGAGAACAAGUUUCUGGUUCCCAGCACCAAUUCCUUCUGCUACGAGAACGAGCUUGCUUUCAUGAGCAGGGAUGAGGACGAGGAUGAGGACAGCGAAAGGGUCCUGGAUGACCUCAGCCCGGACGGCAACAGCCGACACGAAUUUGAGAGACUACAGGCUACCAUAGGACUGGAUCAACGGUCAUACCGGAGGGAAUCCGAGAUAUGACCCACCCUGCCCCCUGUCAUCAGCUUUUGAAUAUAUUAUUUUUUCUCUUUCUUUUCUUGAAUAAAUGCAGAACAAUGCAAGUGCCAUAGGAAUUCCUAACUACUGUCAUAGCAGUGAAAAGUCAAGAGACAACAGCUGGUGGAGAUAAAGGGGGGAAUCAUGAAUAAAGGCAGAGGCAAACACAUUUUGAAAACAUAGGUUUGUGAAAGUCUAGUUGAGAAUGUCAGAGAAAAAGAAAAUUUCUCUUUCUUUUAUGAAAAAACUUGAAUUUUUUUUCCACAAGGUAGUUUGAGCCGAGAGCUUUAAAUAAUACAAUACAAAGAAUUGUUCAAAUAUAUGAAACAAUCUCACAUUUAAACUGUAAAUAGACUGCUUAGAUAAGUUAUGUUUCGUGUGGAAUAUUAUUUUCAGAAAGCCUAUUAAAACAUCUGCUCCUGGGCGCAAAUGACCAUAGUACUGCCAGAAGAGAGGUGCAAUACUGUGCCUGCCCAUAUUGAAACUCUGGUUAUCCACAGUGCAGCUCCUGAGUUCAUUUACAUAUUAAAACUCCCUGGAAGUGCACUACAGCACUGUAAAGCACAUGAGCUACUCAAACCUAAAGUACGUGUCAUUGAGCAUUGUAGAGUUUGUCUCCUAACUGAGGCACCGGAUCAACAUGCUACAGAGCACAGAGCAAAUCGAGAAGGGAGAUAUGGAAGUGGCCUGGCAACUGUGAUCAGAUUUAUCACGCACUAAAUAUAUCAUUUGCACUAUAAUUUGAGGAUAAUCAAAUUAUGUAUGUUGCACAGGAAUGGGCAACACGUACAUUCUUUUUUGCGUUCUUGUUUUUACUUAAGUACCUGAAGUGACAAAAAAGUUAUACGGUAUUAGUUGUCUAGCACAAACCACUUGAUAUCCCUUUCUUUACAAUGGGUGUGGGGAACAAAAUGGGAAAAUGCUUGCACACACAGACACAUCUAUGCUGAACUCAUCAAGUUAGAGAAAUGAUUUUCAAAUUACACCAUUUAUUAGUACAUUAAAUGUAAUGUAGAGAUAACCUCCGUUCAUGGAUGUCUGACUUAUAAUUAAGCAAAUCCUUUCCACUUGAAAUUUAAAUAACGGUUUGAGGCACAGGGGAGAAAUGAGAGAUUACUGUUCAUUAUACUGUUAGGAUUUUUAUGUCAUUCACUUCAUAACUUGUAUCUAUGCACAUCAGAUAUGUUAUCAGGAAACAAAGGCUUUGUGUAGAGCUGUAGAACAUAUUCUUGCACUGCAUUAUCAUUGUUUGAGUUACUCAGCAAGAAGCCAGGUAAAUAUAGUCUGAAAUUAAUGUGUUACCUCGAAGCAAUGAAAUCUGAAGUAAUACCAAUAAUGAGACUCCAUUCCCCAGAAACCUACCACUAUAAUUCCUAAUUCCCUCAUUUGUAGAGAAUUUAGACUGAAUGAAUACGUUGCAAUCUACUGGGGAUACUAUUAAUAAAAAUGAUGGUUCCAUAGCUACUGUCCAAAUAUGGACAAAAGUAUUUCCUGACAGGCAAGAAAAAUAACAGGGGGGGGGGGCAGGGGGGAUGAACAGCUAAAUAGGAGGACACAUUUAAGGCCAAAAGUCUCCCCUAUGAGCAAAUAAUGAUACAAACAUGAUAAUGAUACACAUGGAUCUGAUUCCCCAGGGUGCAGCUGUGUUAUAGCGUGCUGGACAAUGACCUAACACAGUAAAUGCAGGGGACCAUGACUUCUCCUGGCUAAAAGCAUGGAUAAGACAGGACUUCAACAAGAAAGACUGGCUAAAACGAAUAAGCAGGGUAUUAGAGCUAUCUGGAAGGCUACUGAGUAAAAUGGGAAAUGUAAGUGUUCUUUCUUCAGGAUGAGCCAUGCUUAAACUCAAGAACACACUCAUGUGUUGAGCUUUUGCACCUCUUUCGUUUUAAAAGCUCUCAUUUAUUUUGUUGCUCCUCUGAUAUUUUGUGACAUAACUAGUUGGCGAUAUAAAAACCAAAGUUGCAGAUUUAAAAACAAGACGUAGAAUGCAUGUUCUUAGCAAUAUCCUUGAUAGUGUUGUACCAUCAUUCAUUGACUUGCAUAACAUGUCAGUAAUCCUACAGUAUGCUUCUGGACAAACCCUCCUCAAGCACAUUAAUCUUGCAAAAGAUGCAAGAGUAGUGAAGAAGUUAAUGUCUUUAUAUAGUUAUUUUAUAUAGCUCAAUUUCCUUAUAUGCGAACCUGCAAAUUCCUCAUCAUUUAAGACCCUCUUAGAAUAACAAAUGCAGACAAUCGUGCUGUAUGUACAAGCAAAUAUCUGAAAGAUUUUCUGUCUGAUGAGGUUGGCUGUGCUUUUCGUCCCAGUUUUCCAUGUUUUCAUGCUCAUUUUUGAAAAAUAACUAUAAUUAUACAUUUUAACCUGUUUUGGCUGGGCCACAACAGCAGGGCCAGCCCUACAAACGCAAAUGUCUGUGACGGACUGAGUGAGUGACUGAGUGUGUGAUGAAGUUACACCAUUGGUCGGCCGAGUUAUGAAGUCACACCAUUGGUCGGCCGGAGUCACGUGUGUUAGGUCCAGCCAUAUAUUAGGUUUUAACCUGGUCUUGUUUAUUGACAACACUGAUUUGAAAAAUUUUUGACUGGGACAUGAUAAUGUGUUUUGGGGUUGUUGGGGGGGUUUUAUUAGAGAGGGAACAUUUCUCUCAUUUUAACUAUACCACAUUGCUAACUUGCUAUUUCAUUUCUUUUCAGUAAACAUUAUACUAGUAUUGUGCAAAGAAACAUAACUCGGAAAUAGUUACAGAUGAAACAUACAUUUGACUUAAGUUUUAAAUUUUGAUGCCACAUCCCCUCUCAAAAGAAAUUGCUUUGCAAAUUUUCUGUAGACCAAAUAAAUGGGUUUAACAGGCCGUUAUCCAGUCAAGGCAUUAUCAGUUGCCUUUAGCAAUUCAUGGUGUAUUUAUAGUAAAAGUACAGUUACAGACACCAACAGUUGAACCUUAUGAGGAAUGUCACCACUUCAAUCUGCCUGUCAAAAUUGAUUGUGACAUUGUAAAUGAGCACAGAUAUAUCUGUCUAUGGCAUGUUUAUACAUCAGGGAGCAGUUUUGGAUUAAUUGUUUCGGUUGCUAAAUUUGGAAUCAAACAUCAUCUUUUCAUAUAUCUGGACAGCCAUUUCCAUUCAAAAACUUGGUCGGUAAAAAGAGUGCUUCCAAAAAAUGUGCAAUUUAACAAAACCGUAAGCGUUCCAGAGAGUAGUGUCUUUCCACUGGUCAUGCUUUCAGGGUCACACACACCAUGGGGCCCUCUGAAAGCAGUUCUGCAGCUGCUCUUUGUUUUUAUGAAGUGUUCAUAAAUAAAAAAGACAAAUUUUUAAAAAGGAAAAGGAGAUACCCACCAUGAGAAUAUUGUUGUUUUCUCUUGCGGGCCUAUCUAUUUGACUAUUGAGACCCAGUGGCCCUGCACUUGGCCUUUUGAGAGACAUUGAUUGGUGAGGCAGCAGCACACACAUGGGAUGUUUUCAUUGGGCAUUACAAUAGAGAUUAAGAAACACUGAGACCAGCAGCAGAGGGCUAUCAUGGCUACAGUGGUAGUUCAGUAACAGCCACCCGCAUGCGAGAUCAUCACUCAGCUUUUACAGUGUUUCCCUCUCUUUCUGGAAAAGUAUGUUUGAAAAGCAAUAAAUCGAGAGGAGGUCCGGACAGACUGAGCAAUAAGUACUACAAUCCACAUUUCUCAAUGACCACAGAAGAAGAGCUCAGAUUCAUUUCAUCUGGCUUGAGCCAUCAUUACUGUUGUGUAUACGCAUAUGUACAUAUGUACAUCUACCAUGGCCCGAAGUAUAUCAAUUGCAGUUCAGACAGAUCAUAUUGGAUGCUCUGAGGAUAUUCUAAUCCAGCACAUUUACUUUGUGACAUGGACUCGCUGUACACAACUAUGGGCACACAGAUGCUGAGGAUUUAACGUAAUAAAUAUUUAAAUAUUAAAAAAUCUUUGGUGGGGAUUGGGAGGUGAAGGGGUUGAUGACCUGUAUCAGGAGAACCAGUCUCUUCGUAGACACUGUAGUGACUGACCCAAUGCUUUUAUUGACCUUUCCGCAUUCUGUAUUUUGGACAAAGACAAAUGCUUCUCACCUUGAUAUUUGAUAUACCUUCAUAGACUGCUUCCUAACAAAAUGUAAUCCCCCUGAAAAUAUGGCAGUUUUUUUUCUCUAAAAAUUUCAUUUGAUAUAUCUUACCAUUUGUGACAAAUCACUCAUUCCUUUUAGUCUCUUUUUUGGUUCGUGACAACCUAUAUCAGGUCAAUAUCUGCUGAAAUGUGCUCUAAAUAAGCUCCAUGGACAGUAUUGAAGUAUGGCAUCUCUUGGCAAUGGACCAUUUUGAGUAUCUAAAUGUUAUGUUUCCCAGUGUGGUUGGAGAUCUCAUGGUUACAUAUAGUUCAACCUGGCAUAUGAAGACAAAGUACCUGUGCAAUAGUGUAUGUCACGGGAGAAUUAAAUUAAUGUGAUUAAUUCAUCCUGUUUAAACUCAAAAGGCUUCCCUUGAGAAUGAGCUCUCUGGCAGGGCUUUUCUUUACCGUCACCCUUUCAAAUAAUGACUUGUUAUGUAAAGACAGUAAGGACAACGUGUUGCAAUGGAAAAAUUAUCUAGAAAAAAAUCUGUUGCAUGACAAAGCAGGUUCAAGGUGGAUUCCACCCGAAUGAUAUUCCCCUACAUUCAUGAGCACUCGUUGUGGGAAAGUUGGAUGUUUGAAGAAAAUGAAGGAUAAAAGACACAUUUUCAAGGUGAAAGGAGCUUUUGUCCAGGUCCGAAUCUUUAUGCUUUGCAUUGCCUUCUGGGAAGGCUCCGGUGACCUAUUGUGUGAAACCUUUGUUCCUACCAUAGGAUGUGACACCUCUGGGAUGUUAGUGGAUCAUCUCACUAGAGGUAACCAUGGUAAUGCAUCAUCAGCUUCUAUGCUGUAUCAUGGGAUUACAAAUUUCAUUAUGCUCUUGAGUUUAUCUUUUAAUGUGAAAUUAUUUAUCAGUUCUAAUGUUAAACAACCUGAUCCCACUAUUUAACAGGAAAUGUGCAAAAUGUGCAGAUGCACUAAAAGUACAUAAACGGACAAAACAUGUAGAUACCUGCACCAUAUUUACACAAAACAACACAUCUAUUUUUAUACCAAGUUGUUUUUUGUCAAUAUUUAAUUAUUUGUUUGGGAUAAUAUAAUAAAAUAUCCCGAAAUGAUUCAUAAAUACAGUUUUCUGCAAAGAUUAGACUUUAACUUCUAAUAUAGAAUCAGUACAAAAAAACAAAUUAAGUAUUAAGUUAUGAUUUUCAUCUGACUUAUUAGUAGUUUUAUUUUGUUUCAGCACAGAAGCUUAUGAUAAAACUGGUAUUUCUCUUAAAGGGAUGAUUGGAUGACCUUUGACCUCUGUAGAAGUCUUCCUCUAAACCCAGAUUAUAAACAGAAAAAAUAUGCUGGGUUUUCUGUUUUGUUUUUUUGUUUUAUUUUAAUGGAUGAUGGAAAUUUUAAUUAAAUUAUUCAAUUAAAAUUUAA